AUGGCGGUCGCCGAAGGGACGAACUGCAUGAGGGCCCCAGAGCUGCCCAUUGGCGUGCCGCAAGAUGUUGAGAAGGCAUGUCCCGGGACACCGUCGCCGACGUCUCCCACAUCAGUCGACAAGCUGAUGCUUCAGGGCGCACGCGCUGUGCCGCCGGAGUGGUCUAACUGGCGCCUCUAUCGUCUCGAGUUCGCCGCUCUCCGCUGCAUUCAGAGGAAUCUGCCGCAGCUUUUCAUGCUUCCCGUGGCUUUCGCGAUACACUACACUGCAUCGGAGGCUGCUUUCGUGCCUCUCUUGGGCGUGAUGACAUGGACAGUCUCCCUACCAGCCACGGCAUCCGUCGCAAGCUUCGCUUGCUUUUCCGUCUCCCUCAACAUGGGCCUGAAGUGGAUGUGCCAGCGGCCACGUCCAAUUUGGCUGGAUGAUGGCAGGAUAUCCGACGUUUGGAACAUUGGAUCGCUGUGGGAAGCGGAUUAUGCAUUUCCCAGUGGUCACACACACGUCCUAUCCGGCAUCUUGGUUUGCAUCUUCUUUGCCUACGAGCUGCCCCCUGCGUGGCUUUAUGUCAUGUAUCUGCUUGGGGCGCUUGCUGGGUUUUCCAGGAACUACCUUGGCGUGCAUUGGUGCAGUGACACGGCUACGGGCUUCGUCAUUGGUUGCGUUAGUGGCACUCUGUGGGGGCUGCUGGACGUCUAUGGCCGGCUCAUGCGUCGUGGUGACCCGCUGCUGUCUGUUUGCGUCGGUCUGGGAGCGGCGCUGGGCAUGACACUCCUGACACUUCUGGGCCGUGCAGUUACCAAACCGGUUCAAUCCGAGCUGCGGGCAGAGUGGCAGGAAACUGCGGUCCAGGGAUUGCAGUCCGCCCACCCGGGACGGCCGAAGAUCUUACCAAGAGAUGCAGAGGCGGAUUCCACGCCCUCGCUGCGAACCGUCGCUCCGAGGCGCUGGAGUUGCUGCCGCUCACGCCCACGCCGACUGCGGCCCCGUCGCCUGGUCUACACCGCAGGACCUGCGCUAUGUGGCGGACUCUGCCUUGCAAUGUCCGGCAUCUACUCUCGGGUCCUCCCCGCCACCGAGUUGGGAGCAUGCCUGACAUUCCAUCCGCCCGUGUGGACGCUGCUGCUUCGCAUGGCGGUGGGCCUUGGAGGUGCCGGGGUGCUAGCGCUUCUUCUGCUGCUGCUGCCGCGGCAUCUUCUACGGCAUGUGGGGUGCUUAGAUGAGAAGCACCGAGCCAAGCGUCAGGUCAUUUUGCUUUUUCCGUUGUCGCUUUUUGCGCUGUGGACAUUCGCUGGUGCUCCGGUCUUGUUCGAGGAGUUGGGCUUGGGGUGUCAGCAGUGA